GUUGGACUAGAUGACCCCUGGGGUUCCCUCCCAACUCUAAAAUUCUAACAAUUCCUUACACGGAGGUUUUAGAGAGGGGACUCAUGCAGCCACUUUGCACAGGGAGGGUCCCAGGUUCAAAUCCCCGUGGGAGGCAGCUAACUCUUCUUCCCAAUUCUUCCCACCCCAGACAGCAUCGCAGGAAGGGCUGGCAAGAAACGAGAUUUCGGGGCGGGGUGCGUUUGUGUGUUGUAAUUGCCCUUGGUCCGCCCCGCCCCUCUCCCCGAUUGGACGGAGGAGCGCAGCCUGAGCCGUCCUGACCAAUCCCAGGCGAGGCGCUUUCGAAUUUUCAGAGGGACUAGCGCCUUUUAUCCCCACUGUUUUGGUUUGUCUCCCAUUCGCAGCCUGGGAAAGCGGCGCUCGCUCUGCAAGCGGAUAAGCUAAGAGGGAGGCAGCCAUGGCCACCAGGAGUCCCACCAGCACGUCAUUCUACGAUGAAGUAACCUGUCCCAUCUGCCUGGACUACUUCGAAGACCCAGUGACUGUAGACUGCGGGCACAACUUCUGCCAAGCCUGCAUCACCCAAUAUUUGGGGGAUUCCGACGCAGACCCUUGCUGCCCGCUGUGCAGAGAACGGCUUGAGGCAAAUAACUUCAACCCAAACUGGCAACUGGCAAGCCUUGUGCUUAUCAAGAAAAUUCAAGAGGAAGGACAAGUCGAGGGAAAGGAUGGGGUAUGCAAGACUCACGGGGAACCCCUGAAACUCUUCUGCAUGGAUGACGAAGUCCCCAUCUGCGAGGUGUGCAACGGGUCGAACUUGCACAGAGGCCACAGCGUGUUUCCCGCUGAAGAGGCUUCUCACCAGUAUAAGGAGAGAAUUGGUGUCCUUGUGAAGUCUUUGAAGCAAGAGAGGAAAAGGCUUGUGGACCGGAAAUUAGCUAAAGAUCAGAAAAAGCAGAAAUGUCUGAAACAGUUAGAAACGGAGAAGCAGAAGAUUGUGUCCGCAUUUGAAAAUAUGCACGAGUACCUCGUUCAGAAACAGCACCUCUGGCUAGACCAGCUGGAAGACCUGACCAAAGAGCUGGAGAGGAAGCAGGACGAGAACCUCACCAGAGUCUCUGAGGAGAUUUCCCGGCUCAAUGGGCUGAUUGCAGAGAUGGGAGGAAAGUGCCGGCAGCCCCCGAGCGAAUUCUUGCAGGACGUUAGCAAUGCUAUCAGUAGGUGUGAGGAGAAUUUAGUAGAGCCUGUGGUGGUCCUUCAUUCCUGCUUGGAAGCCCAUUUCAGAAUCGCCAUUCAGAAAACCACCGCUUUAGAGGAGGCCAUGGAGAAUUACAAAGAUUCUCUGGAGCGAGCUCUGGACGCAAACAACUUGGAGGAAGCUGUCAACACAGUGAAUGUCGUUCUGGAUCCAAACUCAGCACACCCCAAUCUCGUUCUCACUCCGGACCGGAAGAGCGUGCGAUGGGAACCGUCGUGGAAGGAGAGGGAGUGGCGGAAGAAGAACGUUUCCCAGCAUUUGGACAGAUUUGACUGGGAGGUCUGUGUGCUCGGCCGCGAGAGGUUCAUUUCGGGGACGCAAUGGUGGACAGUGGAGGUCUUGGGAGAAGGAAGCUGGACCCUGGGGGUGGCGAAAGACUCGCUCGCGAGGAAAGGACCCUUCAACGUCAGCCCUGACAAGGGCAUCUGGGCUUUGAGGAAGCCGUUUUGCGACACGUACAUGCCUCACGAAGUCUUGGCCUUAACUUUCCCCGAAACCACUCCGUUGAUGUUGACAAAGGAGCCCAAGAAGAUUCUGGUGGCCCUGGACUACCCGUUAGGCUGGGUGGGCUUCUUCGACGCCGAUACCGACGAAUUCAUCUUUGCUUUCCACUCGGCGUCAUUCGCUGGGGAGAGGAUCAGGCCCUUUUUCCAGCUGCGGGAGAAGGGAUUCGCUCUGAAAAACCAAAAGCAAAACAUCCUCCCUUUCUCCCUUCUGCUUCAGAGCGGAGCAGACAUGGCAAGCGUGCUCCUCACCCGGCAGUUCCUGGACGAAACCUCCUGCCCCAUCUGCCUGGACUAUUUCACAGACCCGGUGAUUCUGGACUGCGGGCACAGUUUCUGCAAAGCCUGCCUCGCCAUGUGCUGGAAAGAAACCCAAAGACCGGCAUCUUGCCCCCAUUGCAGGCAAGAGGCCCAGACAACCAGCUUCAGGCCCAACCGGCAGCUGGCCAACGUCGUCGAAAUAGCCAAGCAGUUCACCUCUCAGGCGGAGACAACCAAUUGCAAGAGACAUGGGGAGCCCUUGGAGUUUUUCUGCAGGGUUUGUCAAGCCCACGUCUGCAACGUCUGCAAGAGGUCGCAAGAGCACAACGAACACGCCAUGUUUAAUCUGGACCAGAUUUCACAGAAGAUGAAGCAAGGAAUCCAGACUGAGGUGCAGCUUCUGGUGCAAGAGAGACAAGUGGUUAGGGAAUGGAAACUGGCUGAAGAAGAGAGGAUCAAGGCAUUUCCGGCGCAGCUAGAGGAGGAGAAGAACAAGAUCUCGGGCGCUUUUGAGCAAAUGCACAACUUCCUGCACGAGCUGCAGCGCUUUUGGCUGAAUGAGCUGGAGGAUCUGGAGAAAGAGAUGAAGGAAAAAAAGGAAAGUAAUAUCGUCAAGCUCUCACAGGAUAUCGCCUUUCUCAGUAGCCACAUCACAGACAUGGAAAAGAAGCGCCAACUGCCACCUGUUGGGUUCCUGCAGGGCCUUGGGACUUGGGUGAUCAGGUUUGUUCAGUGGAAAAGAAGGCGGACAGUGCUGGGAAUCUCUACAGGCAUAGAAGAGAGACUCAUAAGUUACACUCAGAAAAAUUCGUUUCUGAAGGAUACCCUGGAGAAAUGCAAAGGGCUGCUGAUGCAGGCACCGAACAAAGUGAGCAUCACUCUGGAUCCAGGAACCGCCCACCCCUUUCUUGUUGUAACCGAGGACCUGAAGAGUUUGAGGAGAAGAAGGGAAAUGCAGGACGUUCAGGACAACCCUGGGAGAUUCGACAGCAUGCUCUACGUGCUGGCCCAUGCAAAAUUCACCUCAGGAAGAUAUUGGUGGGAGGUGGUGGUGGAAGAGGAGAAGGAGGAAAGGGAACGGGCCAACUGGGCUGUAGGGGUUGCAAAAGAGUCUGUCAGGCGCAAAGGCUUUGUCCGCAUGAGUCCUUCCGAGGGGAUCUGGGCCAUUGGGAAGGGAAAGGAUGAGUUAGCCUCAUCUGAUCCCUUCUGGGCUUCAACCCUCCCUGAGCGGACCCCUUUGAGCUUGAGCUAUGAGCCCAGGAAGAUCCGGGUGUCCCUAGACUAUGAUCAGGGCUGUGUGGAAUUCUAUAAUGCCCACACCGACGACUUGAUUUUCAAUUUCCAACAAGCCUCAUUCUCUGGGGAGAAGGUCCAGCCCUUUUUCCAUGUUUGGUGGGGAGCUGGUCUGAAUUGUUGAGUCCUGAGGACGAUCCUCACCGCUCCCUGCUCUACCCCCCCCCACCCUGAGAGGAGGUGACAGCCUAGCAUUUUCUCUGCAGUGUUAUGAAUUUGUGGGUGCCAGACACCCUAAAUUUCUGGAUCCAGUAAACGUUAGAAUUUAAUCUGUGUGUGGUGUGCUAGAACUGGAUGCCAGACAGUAGGUUUAGCAAGCAUUAAAAUAUAAGCCAGGCCAGCUUCCCCAUGUCAGGAAGUGCCUGGGAGAUGAGCCAUGACACCCACACCAGCUCUACCACCCCCACACUGAGAGGAGGUGACAGCCUAGCAUUUUCUCUUCAGUGUUAUGAAUUUGUGGGUGCCAGACACCCUAAAUUUCUGGAUCCAGUAAAUGUUAGAAUUUAAUCUGUGUGUGGAGUGUCAGAAGUGGAUGCCAGACAGUAGGUUUAGCAAGCAUUAAAAUAUAAGCCAAGCCAGCUCCCCCGUGUCAGGAAGUGCCUGGGAGACGAGCCAUAGCUCCCACAACAUUAUUUUUCCACUUUAUUUUGUACAACUUUAUUUUGUGCAACUGAAAAACUUUAAAAUGUUAAUAAUAAUAAAAACUACAUUGUGGAAGGAAGAAAAGAAGGAAGGAAUGGGCCAUUAAGAAAAGUCAAGGAGAAUGGGAUUCUGGACCAGAUAGCUGUUGGGUGGGGCCCCUCCUGCAGUUCUGAGUUGGUUCAGAAAACAAAGCAGAGUUUGAAAGGAGAGUCUUUAGAAUUGGUGACCUAGGGGGAAGAGGUUGCAGUCUGGUAAAGGCGGCAAGCUGGGGAGAGGGUCAGAGCACAACGGUUGAUGUUAUUUUCAAUGG